GGGCGGAGCCUGGGGCGAGCGGCGCGCGCGCGGAGGGAGCCGGCGGGCGGUUUGUGGCAUUUAGAGAAAUGGCAUGGAAGUUAAAACCAGAAAAUGGAUGAGGAUGAUGACGUUCCCCAGCUUUCAUCCCAUACAUUGGCUGCCCUCCAGGAGUUCUAUUUGGAACAGCAGCAGAGAGAGGGCAUGAAGACCUCCCAAGGGUUUAAUCAAUAUUCCAUUGGCUCAAUAGAAGAAGACUGGCAACUGAGCCAGUUUUGGUACAGCGAUGAAACUGCAUUGAGCCUGGCUAAGGAAGCAGUUCUGGCAGCUGGAAAAGGUGGCAGGAUAGCAUGCAUUAGUGCACCGAGUGUGUACCAGAAACUGAAAGAACUGAAUGGUGAAGAUUUUUCCGUGUGUUUACUGGAGUAUGACAGAAGGUUUUCUGUGUAUGGAGAAGAAUUUAUCUUCUAUGAUUACAACCACCCUUUGGACUUAUCUGAAAAUCUCCUGCCACACAGUUUUGACAUUGUAAUAGCAGAUCCACCCUAUCUGUCUGAGGAAUGUCUUCAAAAGACUGCAGAGACCGUCAAAUAUCUAACAAAAGGAAAGAUUCUGCUUUGCACAGGUGCAGUCAUGGAGGAACAGGCAGCAAAGCAUCUUGGUGUGAAGAUGUGCAAGUUUAUUCCAAAACACUCACGAAAUUUAGCCAAUGAAUUUCGAUGUUACGUGAACUAUGCUUCUGGACUGGACUGAAUCUCCUAAGAUCAUCUACAAAUCUACAACUUUUUCAGUCAAGCUUCUUUCUGUUUUUUAUCAGUUACGCCACAUUUCUCAGGGCUGAAAUAUUUGGCUCCAAGUCUUGUUUUCUGGGAUAGCUGGUAUCAACAGGGUGUGAUAAUCUCUCUCAUUUAAAUGAGUAAGCCUUUGCAGUUGCUGUGUUUCAUAUUAGGUAAAUGCAGACCAAGCAAUGCAAGUGCUGGAUAAUGGGAACUUCUCUGUUAGUUUCAUUUUAACUGGUAGCUUUUACCAUUUGAAGACACAUCAUAACAUUGCAUAGGUGUUUGCCUUGCUGGCAUUAGAAUCAUCAUUGCCAAAGAACUUGAUACUUCUGUAAUAAUGUGACCCAUACAUGUCCCUUAAAUCUUGAAUCAUAAUGGCUCUGAUUAAAUAUAGUGCCUGCUUUUUAAUAAUUUCAAUAUCAAACUAAAGGGGUUCUACAGAUAUGUCAAGUUUAUAGUUACGAGAAUGGUUAUGGUUUUGUUCCAGUUGCCUGGUUUUAUCUUUUUCUCCUAUUCCACAGACAGCAACAAAGCAGUAGAAUGGAAGCAUCUUAAAAAUCAUUGAAUCUUACAAGGCCACUGAGGAAUAACAUAUUGAUAAACUCCCACUGAUUCAAAGAGAAAAAUGUUAGAUUUUAUAUUCAAGGCUUGUACUUUAUUUCAGUCAAAAUAGAUGACACAUUGGAAUAACUUAGCAUAAGUAGAGAUUUUUGAUAACUGGGACUUGUAAAGCCAGUUUUGACUAACCUUUUGACUACACUAUUGAAGCAGUUUUGGGUGAAAGUUCAUAAAUUUCAAGGUGCUCAACACUUUUAUAAUUUCUAAAAUCACUCUACAAAACACAUGCACUUGUCUUUGCAUGUCAUACUGUGUAAAGGUUAACAGAAAUGCUGCAUCUACAAUCAUGUAAGAUCACAUAAAUUUAUUUUGUGGUGGGAAUAAACCUAAUUAAGCUUGUGAGACGAGACUUUUUGUAAGGCAGUGAUAAUACUCAUGUUUCUGCUGUUUGGAUGCAGAUUUUCCCAUCUGGUGGACUAAAGAGCUGAGCAGGAAUAAUACAGAUGGAUUAUAAUCCUCUCAGAGAGGUGCUCAGAGAAUGGUGUUGUCUGAGCUGGACACAACAGUGGUUCAUAAAUACCCAUCCAAGACACUGUAGCUCUCCUCCUCAUUUUCCAAGAGAUCUGCUUGCUACCUAAGGCUUUUCCCUCCUCACAUUUUGUACCUGCUGCUUCCUCCCUGCAUGUAGUGUUCUUGGGUUCCAUGGAACAGUUUUCUUUCUCUUCCACACACCUUGGUCUCUGUCAGACUGGUCACAGGUGUUGUUAAGACGAGGGAAGUGCAGCAGGGGAAGGGCUCGCAGGGAGAACAGGAACCAGCCUCUCCUUUCUGCUCUGUGAGCCCAGGGCCCAUACAGUCUUGCCUUUCAAAGCAGAUGUCAUCCUUACAGUUUAGCCAAAAUUCCCCUGAAAAUGACUGUCCACACAUGAAAUACAGCUGGGUUUAGUUGGUUUUUGGGAGGCUACACCAUUGCUUUUAUGUGGCCAGUUUGAAAAUAAAGCAAACCAGAAUGGUAACUGCAUAGCUGUUGGCACUAAUCUGUACUUUAGACUGGUUUAUUACCUCAGCGUCUUGCACACCAAGCAGAUGGAGAAAAUGAGAUAACUCAUGCAACUUUGUUCUUGACUACAUAGAGGCUUCAAGUGGGACAGGUAUGAUUGCCAGAAGGGACGAUACUGUUCCCCUGCCACCCACCCAAAUUAGAAUGUGCUGUUCAAAUCAAAGCUUCACCCAUUUUUCUGCUGUUCUCGCUUCAUUUUGGCGAAUGUGUAUUAUUGCACUCUCCAUAGCAAAGUUAAAAGUCAACUUUGCUCACUUCAUCAGAGAUACUUCUUAAAAAGAUAAAAGUGCACCAUUCAGUAGUACCUAGAGGUUCACUUCCAAGGAAAUCAUUACUGCUUCUCACAUGUAGGUCAGACAGCUUUGAAAAGGGGCACUGUGAAGAUGCAGAGUUAUGGACCUGUGGGUACAUGAAAAUCUGUGCAGAUGCAGCACUCAACACAGCAGCCUGUUGUCCACCAGCUUCCCUCUUAAAAGCCUAGGGAGCGUAGGCAGCUACCCAAGCAGAGCUUGACUAGUGGCAUUUACAGCCUUCAUCAGUGAUGGGAGGUAAGCUAUUUUCGUCACACUUGAUUCCAAGUAGCUUUUUCUGAGACGAGUACAAUUCACAAAAAUUCAUGGCAAAUUUGUGGUUUGUGCCAGCCUGGUAACUUUAAGAAAUAGUAUGUGACAGCAAAACCCUCUCUUCUGCUGUAAUAGGAUUGGAAAUAGAAAUAUCAGUGUCAAGUAGUGACUGACU